GGCAGCCGAAGGGAGCCUGGGAGGCGGGCGCUGUGCUGCGGCGCGUCGGCGGGGGCCCGGAGCGCGGAGGACCGAGCAGGGCCCGCCGGCCUCCUCCAUGAGGCCUGAGUGAGGCGCGCCGGUGACAGGCGGCCCGCGGCGCCUCCCGCGCGUCCUAGUCGGAGCGGCGGCGGCGGCGGCAUCCCCGGGUCGGAGAGCCAGGAGCAUGUCGGACAGUUUCGAUCGGGCUCCAGGUGCUGGUCGGGGCCGGAGCCGGGGCCUGGGCCUGGGCCGCGGAGGGGGCGGGCCUGAGGGCGGCGGGUUCCCGAACGGAGCGGGGCCUGCGGAGCGGUCGCAGCAUCGGUCGCCGCCGCCGCCGCCGCCACCGCCACCGCAGCCCAAAGCUCCGGGCUUCCUGCAGCAGCAGCCGCCGCCGCUGCGCCAGCCCAGGACCGCCCCGCCGCCAGGGGCCCAGAGCGAGGCCCCCGCCGGCUCCGCGCGGCCUCCCCGGCCCGGGGCGCUCCCAGAACAAACGAAGCCCCAGAGAGCUCCACCUAGUUCACAGGAUAAAAUCCCACAGCAGAACUCGGAGUCAGCAAUGGCUAAGCCCCAGGUGGUUGUGGCUCCUGUGUUAAUGUCUAAGCUGUCUGCGAACGCCCCCGAAUUUUACCCGUCAGGUUAUUCUUCUAAUUAUACAGAAUCCUAUGAGGAUGGUUGUGAGGAUUACCCCACUCUAUCAGAAUACGUUCAGGAUUUUCUGAAUCAUCUGACAGAACAGCCCGGCAGUUUUGAAACAGAAAUUGAACAGUUUGCAGAAACCCUGAACGGAUGGGUCACAACAGACGAUGCUUUGCAAGAACUUGUGGAACUUAUUUACCAACAGGCCACGUCUAUCCCAAAUUUCUCUUACAUGGGAGCUCGCCUGUGUAAUUACCUGUCCCAUCAUCUGACAAUUAGUCCUCAGAGUGGCAACUUCCGCCAAUUACUACUUCAAAGGUGCAGGACGGAGUAUGAAGCUAAAGACCAAGCUGCAAAAGGGGAUGAANUGACUCGAAAACGAUUUCAUGCAUUUGUUCUGUUUCUGGGAGAACUAUAUCUUAACCUGGAGUUGACAGGAUCAGUUUUAGAAGACACAUGGAAGGAAAAGGGGAAAACUGAUAUGGAAGAAAUAAUUGAGAGAAUUGAAAAUGUUGUCCUAGAUGCAAACUGCAGCAGAGAUGUAAAACAGAUGCUCUUGAAGCUUGUUGAACUUCGAUCAAGUAACUGGGGCAGGGUCCAUGCAACUUCAACAUACAGAGAAGCUACCCCUGAAAAUGACCCUAACUACUUCAUGAAUGAACCAACAUUUUAUACAUCUGAUGGUGUUCCUUUCACUGCAGCGGACCCAGAUUACCAAGAAAAGUAUCAAGAGUUACUUGAAAGAGAGGACUUUUUUCCAGAUUAUGAAGAAAAUGGAACAGAUUUAUCAGGGGCUGGUGACCCAUAUUUGGAUGAUAUCGAUGAUGAGAUGGACCCAGAAAUUGAAGAAGCUUAUGAAAAGUUUUGUUUGGAAUCAGAGCGCAAGCGAAAACAGUAAAGUUAAAGUGGAGGAUAUCGUUUUGUUUUUUUUUUUUUAAUUUUAGGUAUGGUGAUUUAGCAGAACACAGGAAAGCAAGAAACUGUGUCAGACUUAUACCAAAUUAAGGAUUUUGAGUUAUGUUACUAAUGUAUGCAACUUUAAUUUUGUUUAACACUACCUGCCAAAAUAAACUUUAUUCCCUGUAACUUAAAUGUGUAUAUAUAUAUAAUAGUUUUAUUAUGUACAGUUAAUUCUACUGUUUUGGCUGCAAUAAAAUCGAUUUU